AUGGCUGCUCUCGCCGGCCGCCGGACGACGCUCCUCGCUCGAAACCACGCCGUCAUGCUCGCCAGCCAGCUCCCGAGAGCCAUGGCCCUCCGGCAAGCGUACGCCGUGCGACCCAAGCCCACCGAGCCCCUCGUCAUCGACGGCACGUCGUACCCGCGCGACGCCUUCACCAACGCGACCCCGACCAUCCUCGACAAGCUCCCGCGACGACUGCACCUCCAGCCCUCGCACCCGAUCGGCAUCCUGCGCAGCCUCAUCGAGUCGCACUUCUCGUCGUUCGCGCACCUCAACUCGCUGUCGCCCAUCGUCACGGUCGCCCAGAACUUUGACGACCUCGGGUUCCCCGCCGACCACCCGGGCCGCGCCCUCACCGACUCGUACUACCUCAACGAGCGCCACAUGCUGCGCACACACACGUCGGCGCACGAGGUCGAGCUGUUCCGCCAAGGGCUCGACCAGUUCCUCGUCACGGCCGACGUGUACCGCCGCGACGAGAUCGACCGGUCGCACUACCCCGUCUUCCACCAGAUGGAGGGCUGCAACGUCGUCGACCCGGCCCAGGGCGGCAUCGAGCGCCUCGAGCGCGAGAACGCCGAGAUGCGCGCGGCCCUCGGCGCCGCCAACAUCGUCAUCGAGGACCCGACCGGCGUCGAGACGGCGACCAACCCUUACCAGGCCGAGCACGACCCGCGCACGGCGCGCAUCAUCGCCGAGCACCUCAAGAACUCGCUCAACGGCCUCGUGCUCAAGCUGUUCGGCGGGCGGGCCGGCGGCGACGGCGCAGAGCCGCUCCGGGUCCGGUGGAUCGAGGCGACGUUCCCGUGGACGGCGCCGAGCUACGAGGUCGAGGUCAUGUUCAACGGCAAGUGGCUCGAGAUCCUCGGGUGCGGUGUCGUGCGGCAGGCGGCUCUCGACAAGUCGGGCGUCGGCCACAAGCAGGGGUGGGCGUUCGGCCUCGGCCUCGAGCGCAUCGCCAUGGUCCUGUUCUCGAUCCCCGACAUCCGCCUCUUCUGGUCGUCCGACGCACGGUUCAGCAACCAGUUCCGCCAGGGCGACAUCACGACGUUCAAGCCCUACUCGCGCUUCCCCGAGUGCUACAAGGACCUCGCGUUCUGGCUCCCCGAGGCGAGCGGCGCUCAAGGCGGCGACAAGGUGCAGCAGUGGCACGAGAACGACUUCAUGGAGCUCGUGCGCGACGAGGCGGGCGACCUGGUCGAGGGCGUGCAGCUGAUUGACGAGUUCACGCACCCCAAGACGGGCCGGGUCUCGCGGUGCUACCGGUUCAACUACCGGUCGAUGGACAGGUCGUUGAGCAACGAGGAGGUGAACGUGAUCCAGGAGCGGGUGCAGGAGCGGGUGACGAGCGAGAUGGGGGUCGAGGUGCGGUAGUCGGCGGUGCGACUGGGUGCAACUAUGUAGCAGUCAUUGCGCACAGAG